UAAACAGAGAGCAGUAGACUUAUAUAGGUACAUGUAGCCCUGUGCUUCGUUCACCUUGAGUCGUGUGUCACAUGUAAAUCGGAAUUUAACUCAAUUUUUACAACAUUAGUUCGUCGCGUUCCUCUGAUUGUGACGAGUCUUGUGUGGUUUGUUCAAUCGUCAAUUUCAGCAAAUUGAAGACAUGGCCGAUGAGGGUGAAGGCGGCAAGGAGGGUGAAAAGAAAAUCCUCUACGUCUAUCCUCUAGUAAAGCACUCGGACAUGAACGAGGAAAUGCGAACGGAGGCUAUUGAACUAAGCAUCACCGCGUGCGAGAAAUAUUCUUCCAACUAUGAGCAAGCAGCUAAGAUAAUUAAGGAGACCAUGGACAAAAAGUUCGGCAUCUUUUGGCACGUGGUGGUUGGCGAGGGUUUCGGCUUUGAGGUAUCGUAUGAAACAGAGAACAUUCUCUACCUAUUCUUCGCCGGCAACUUGGCCAUUGUGCUGUGGAAGUGCUCUUAGAAGAGCGCUCAACGAGUCAGCAAUCAAUCGAAGUACCUAGAAAAACAAGAGAAGUUUAUAUUUAUAUUAACCUAAGUUUUACAUAAGCACAUACAAUAUACAAAUAGACGGCAGUUAAUGGAUUCAAUACGCACGAGUCACAUCAAGGGCGGAUAACGAAUGAAGAAGUAACCAACGACCAAUACAACUCGGAAUUGCUAUGGAAACUGUGGCAAGCUCCAGAGCUUAAAGCCACUUUAGAUGGAAAAAGAAUUUAAUUUUAUUACGAAAUGUACCUUGUCGCUAACAUUUUGAAAGCACGAAUAAAUUGUUGGUACGCAAGAAACGAAAACACAAA